GACGUUUUGGAGGAGAGAGAGUAAAUGGUUUUGGUUGACACAAAAAUAGUUUUGAUAAAUAUUUGGAAACAAAACCAAUGCUAAUGUAUCUAAAUUUGUUGAAAUUUUGUAGUAUAGACUCCAUUUACAUCCAGUGAUAUAAAGCAUACUUUUCUGUUAUGUUAAAUAGACGUAGAGAGCUAAUGUGAACUAUCUUUCUUUGUCAUGGAAAUAGUUUUUCUAUAUUAUCGAUCGAUUACGAAAGACCAUUCAACUAUACGUAUAUUGUUCUGUACGUUGUAGAGAUUUUAUUUUAACUGGAUCCUAUAAUAAUAUCGCGCGUACACUAGUGAUUCAGCAAUCGGCAUAAAGUUACACAUUUCGUUCACUAAUGCUAACGUGGUAAAAGAGUUAUGUGUUUACUGCUCCGCUUGUAAACGUUCGAUAUUUAAAAAGAUCGCGGCUUAAGGUGAGCUUCCGACAGUUAAAUCAUGAGAUAAAUUUACAAAAGUGUGCCUGGAAUUUACGUCCAUGUAUUGUUGUUCUUUCCUUUCACGGCUGGGAGUCGGGAUGGCGAGCAUGAGUUCCACGCUCGUCGAGACGGUCUCCAUCAACUAUGAGGACUUUAACGAAAGCUUCCUCACUUGCGGCACCUGUUUAUGCACUUACGACGGAGGUGAACACACACCGAAGCUUCUACCGUGUUCACAUACAGUUUGCCUGCACUGUCUCACUCGAAUAGCUGCCUCGCAAACGAGAGAUGCGGGUAGUUUUAGAUGUCCCAUAUGCCGCGAACUGAUCACCAUACCCCGCGGCGGAGUAGCGGCACUGCCGCCGUCUUUUCUCGUGAACCAGUUGUUAGAUUUAAUGGCAAGACAGAGGAGGGAGGUGAUACCACAGUGCAGUUCGCACCCCGGCAGGGAGUUGCUCUUCUGCGAGACUUGCGACUGCGUGUUCUGCAGACACUGUGCCGACGGGCCCCACAGUGACACGCCCUGUGAUCAUACAGUGGUGCCGUUUUCGAUAGCUUUAAAGAGAAUGUCUGAGAUACUUUUGUAUAGAGCCAACGAGUGCCUGAGUAAGCUCGGCUCGGCCAGGGAAGCCGUAGCGAGCGAGUUGAGGAGAUUGGAGGCGGCCGCGUCGGCUGCCGACGAAGCGAUAGAUAGACACUUUACAGAAUUAAAGGCUGCAUUGGACAAACGCCACAGCGAGCUGAAAUCGGCCGCGGCGGCUGCGGCCACGCAUAAACGGAAGCUGCUUGAGGAACAGUUGAAAUUGAUUGAUGCUGAGAAAGCAAAGGUAGAGGCUGAAUGUUCUGGUCUUCAACAGCAAGUAGAAGUCAGAGAAGUGAGUAGUCGCGCGGCAGCGUUAGGUGCUCGGCUGGGGGACGCCGCCGCGCUCGCCGAGCCCAGAGAGAACGCCUUCCUGGCGGUAGACUUCGCUCACAACGACGCCCAACAGAGGUUCGCCGACGCGUUGGCGGAGUUGGGGCGAGUGCGUACCAGUACGACCUUCCCCGGGCUCUGUACUUUGCAGUUAGAGUCUGCGUGCGUCUGCGGGCUGGAGAUGGUGGUAGUGCUGCGCACGGUGGACUACCACGGGGAAGCGCGCAGCACGGGGGGAGACCCCGUCACGGCCGCCGCCACACUAGACGAUGCACCGCUGCCGUGCACUGUCACCGAUCUCGACUCCGGACUUUAUAGAAUCUCAAUGCGCCCGUGGAGCGGAGGUGCGGUGAGCGUGCGCGUGCUGGUGUUCUCGCGCGGCGUGCGCGACUCGCCGCUGCGCGCGCAGGUGCUGCCCGCCGCCGCGCCGCUGCGCGUGUGGGGCGCGCGCGGCUCGGGCAAGGAGCAGCUCAACCAGCCCGUGGCUGUGGCCAGAUGUCCAAAACGUCGGGAAAUAUACGUUCUCGACGCCGGAAACUCUCGGGUUAAAGUUUUAGACGACGAGACGUUUGCUUUCAAGACACACAUCGUGAACGAUGGCUUAGCGGGUAGGAGCUGCACGGGUAUAGCGGUGACAGCAGAGGGCGUGGUUGUUGUGAACUGGAGGACGAAGACUCUCACUGAGAUAAACAGCGAAGGCGUGACGGUGCGCACGAUCCGCUCGGAGCGGCUGGUGGAGCCGGUGUGCGUGGCAGCGCACGCGGCGUCGCGCCGCCUCGCCGUCGCCGACAACGGCGCGCGCACCGUGUUCGUGUUCGACACGCACGGCAACAUCGAGCGGGAGGUUGGCAACGGUGAUUUGGGUCUGGUUGGCGGUUUGGCGCUGACUGAAGACAUGCUAGUGGUUGCCGACGUGGCCGUCAGAGUGUACGACGCGGAGGGAAAUCUGCAGACCACACUCGCACCGAUACCUAAAGGGCGCGGCGGGUACGGCGGCAUAGCGGUGGAGCACACCGAGGAGGGCUGGCACAUCGUGUGCGCGCGCUCCGUGCGCGGCCGCCCCGCGCUCGUGGUGCUGGAGGCGAGCGGCGCGGGCCGGCUGCUGGCGGCCAGCGAGCUGGCGGACAAGCGGCCGCGCCGCGUCGCCGGCCUUGCGCUGCUGCCCAGGAGGCGCGCGCUGCUCGCCGACCUGGCGGGCGACUGUCUGAGACUGCACACCUACUGGUGAACGGUGAGUUGUUGUACUGUGUGCCGCCCGCGCUCGUGGUGCUGGAGGCGAGCGGCGCGGGCCGGCUGCUGGCGGCCAGCGAGCUGGCGGACAAGCGGCCGCGCCGCGUCGCCGGCCUUGCGCUGCUGCCCAGGAGGCGCGCGCUGCUCGCCGACCUGGCGGGCGACUGUCUGAGACUGCACACCUACUGGUGAACGGAAAGCCUUACACGCAUGGUGUAACGCAAGAAGCCAGAGGGCGGGAGAAAACGAAUUUCAUGCUAGUCCAAUAUUGUAACUGAGAAUCGAACUUGGCCAUAAUCCAGGACUACCAAAGUCAUUGGCGUCGCCGGCGGCGCGUCGCGCGGCGUUCUUAGUACUUACAGUAUUUAUUUUGUUUAAGCGUCUUUAGUUAAGUGUUGCGAGCGAAAUGAUAACUUGGACAUUGUUCAUAAUUACCGGAACGUGAAUAUUUUCUAAUCGGAAUGUAUAAAAGUAUACUUCUCGACAAAAAAAUUUAAACAGUCAACAUAUAGUGUUUCGAUUUUUUUUGUGAGAAAUAUAUUUUUGCUGGCGAAGUUAUGUAAGUUGUUGUUUUAAUGAGAUAGUUGACACUUUUUUUUAUUGGUCUUAAAUUGUUCAUUAUUGUUCUACUAGAUUGAAAAAAAAAGUCAGCCAUGAUAUUUUAACUGAUUCAUGGCGUCACAUUAAUAAAUCCUUUACCAAACAGAAUGCUUGACAAAAAUAUUUGAUAACAAAUUAGUUUGACGUUUAGUAAAUCAAGUACUAAACGAUGACGUCACAAAAUGGACGACAGCAUUUUUUGCCGUUUGAAAAAUUAGAAAAAUAAUCAUGAUUUUUAAAUUAAGUUUCAUAAGAAAUCCUUGAGUUUUAUUAAUUAAUAUCAAUAUAAUUAAUUAAUAAAACUCAAGGACAAGCCUUUAAUUUCGUAUGAGUCGACUACCCUAUUGACAUUGACAUGAAACAUCCAAAACUGUGAUGUGGUUCAAAAAGUUCAAGUAAUGUAUUAUUGCGAAUGUCAUAUAAGUAGGCAACAUAGUUUUACAUCAGCCUAUGCUCUUGCAAAUGAUAAAACAAAAAAUGCAUAAACGAGAAAUGAAAGUAUCACUUUUUUGUAGUUUGAUGAUGUAUUUGUAUCUAAUGAAAUUAUUAAAUAUUCGAUUAAAUUAUGCUUCUACCUAUAAAAUAACAUGAACCGUUCAGUAGUAAUGCAAAUAAGCGUGAAUAGAUGGACAAUGACUUUAAAAAUAGCUUUUUAAUUCCGUUACUUCAUCUAUUUUUUUGGAAACUAAAAUCAAUUUACUCGAUAUCUUCAUUACAAAAAAAAAAUGUUAAAGUGGCAGUUUUAGAAUGUGUAAACAAAUCCUAAAUUUAGAUUCAAUUUGUCUGUCGUAUCAUCGAUUAAAUCUCUGGUUGAGGUAGUAAGCAAUCACUUCGCCCGUAACACAUAGGUAAAUUAUUUUUAGGUUUUUUGUGACGAAACUAUCAUCUGGCGAUUACGAUUACUGAGAAUAAUAAUAAUCGACGAUUUUUAUUUAUGAUACUUUCGAAUAAACAUAAUAUUACAAUUAACCUAAUUUAAAUAUUUACGUUUUUUUUGUUAAUCAGAUGUAAGGAAUUGUAAAGUUUCGUCUAUAAACUAUUCGAAUUUUCGCCAUGAAUAUGUUUAUUUUUAUUACAUACAUUAAACGUUGAAAAAUAUUUUUCAAAAAAAGUCAUAGAUAACAUUAAUCAACAAUUGGUUUAUCUUGAUGGUAAUCGUCGAUUACUAUUAAUCGUGAAACUCAGAUCGUUCUCGUUUACGAUUAACGGUAAAAUUCUGUUAAUCGCCAAUUAAGUUGAACCGUAAAUUCCCGUAAUCGUCGAUUACGAUUAACCAUAAAAGUUUCAUCACAAAAAAAAAAAUACUGAUUUGAUGUUGAAUUUGUUCGACAUUACGUAUAAUGUCUGACUGAUAUUGUUUUAUUUGAGAUGCGAUAUUUUUAGUGGUGUGAUUUGUUUUGUUGGCUCCUAUCAACUAUUGUGUAAGUAACAUUAUUUGUAUAUUUAUUAAUAUAUACAGUAUACAUUAUUUUUUUCAAAAAACGGCUAUAAUUAAUAGAGAGAACAUGUUUUAAGAUAGAUUUUGUCUAAAUUAUUUGAUAGGAUGACGACAAUUAUAUUGUUUAGUGAUUUUAUUUGAGAGAAUGUUGUUUUUUGAUUUAAGUUGACUUAAAUCUCACGGUAUCGACAAUUUGUUGACUUAAUGUAAGCUGUAUUGCGAUAAAAAUAAGAAUCAAAUUUAGUCAAACGAAUUAUUUAAUAAAUAAAAAUAAACAGUAGCAACACUGACAAUAGCACGUCAAUUUUUGAACAUCCAUCUUGUUUAAUAGAUCUGUGCCUCUGUUUCAUCUACUUUAUAAAAUAACCAUCGACUAUGCGUAUUGUAGAGUUGUCUCACAAGAGACACUUUUUAAAAGGGUCUUAAAUUGUUCAUUAGCGUUCUACUACAUUUAAAAAUUAUAAUAAUUAUUUGAAACGCUGUCGGCCAUGAUUGUCUAUAUUUUAACUGUUUGAUGAUGUCACGUUAACCCUAAACCUUAACUAAAUGGAGCGUUUCACAAAGUCAUUAGUGAAUAUUUAUGGUUAUUCCUUAAGUAACAUCGUGACGUCACAAAAUGGACGACAGCGUUUUUGACGUUUGGGAAAUUUGAAAAAAAAUAUGAUUUUUAAAUUGAGUUUUAUAAGAAAUCCUUAACUUUUAUUAAUUUACAUCCAUAUCUUAGGACUCUAUAUACUACAAGAAAUUAUUUUUUUUUAUAUUAAAGGAUAUGGUCCAUUUCAGAUCCACUCUUGUACCCCGUAUCAUUAAAAUUUAAAAAAUACAAGGAUUUUAUUAUGAUCUAAAUAAGUGAAUAAUCUAACUAAAUAAAAAGAAAUAAAUAAAAUUAAAACCCAAGUUUGUAAGUUAUAUCAAGAUGGCGUCCUUAAAGCAACUAUGACAUGACAAUUAACAGCAAACGUCAAAACGACUACUGCAUUGAAUAAGUCAUCAAUCCGCCAUUAUUACCUAUGUUAAUGUUGCAUUUCUUGGGAGAGAAUGAAUAUUAUUUCGAAAGAAUUAAAGUAAAUCCGUAGAUUUAUAUAAUCAAAAAUAAUUAAAAAAUAUUUUCUUUUAUUUCCGCUAAGGUACAAUAACUGAUUUGGGCUCCAUACAAUUUUGGACCAUAUCCUUUGAUAUGAGUCAACUAUCCUAUUCUUUAACUGCUCUUCCUUUCUCCUGGACACAGCUAACGAGUAGCUCGGAGACUAGUUUCGCCAUUUUACUUGGCGAUACAUGAUUUCGAGAAUUGAUUUCUGACGGGCGCAUGCUUUCCUACUAUAAUAAUAAUAAUCAGUAUUGAUUUAGAGGGAAAAUUGUAAUAAGUUGUAAUAUUAUUUGUAUUAAGUGGUCAGUUAGUGUAAGUUUGAUUUACAAAACCUUGAUGUUUUAUUGUGUUUAACUUUCUUAAGUCUUAAAUCAGAUUAGAUAAUAAUCAGAUCUGUUGGUAGAUUUUCGUUUGUGACCUUAUUUUUUUUGUUUUUGAACUGAUGUAGAUAUAUUUAAGUUAAUACAAACCAACUGCAAACCUCUAGCUGUAUCUGUACUUAAGUUCUGGUUACUAAUUUGUUAAAAUGUUCCUAAAACCAGAAGACAAAAGUUUACUAUCAUCAGUCUAUAGGUAGACCGUUUAUCUUUAAAGCUUAGCCCGUUUUUAAGAUUUUUUUUUUAACUUUUGGAUGUAGUGGCAAGAGGACAGAUAUCUCUCGCUCUCCGCUCUCUAUCACAAAAACGAUUGAACGUAUAAAAAAACUUUAAACCAAAGGUGUAGAAUAUUUAAUUUUCUACAAUUAAGAAAACCUCAAUCGGCCCAGCCAGGGAUCGAAUCCAGAAUCUCCGUCUUGUAAAUCCACCGUGCAUACCACUGCGCCACGGAGGUCGUCCAAAAGUUCCAUUAGUUUUACACACCAACGCGCUUUCUGCCAUCUGUCUAUGGUCAAACUCUGUAUACUUUAUCACUACAUUCAAACCAAAACGGACUUCCAAAAGUAAACAAAAUAUACCUUUAAGUAGAUUAUUAUUCUUAUCUGCAUCUCAAAUUAUUCACUCUCUAUAUUUGUAUGGUGUGUCUUUGAGCCAACGACUCAAAAGUAAUUAAAAGUGAUUUUUGUGUUUAUUCAUAGACAAAAGAAUGAUGUGUCAUUGUGUUGAGUUGCCAGAUAAUAAUAAUUUAGGUAUAUCAAAUAACAUUGCGGUUUUAAUUAAGAUUCGGUCCUUUACUUGUAUAUGAUAAAUGUUUCGUCACUUAACAGGUGAUAUUGUCAAGGGUAAAAUAGUCAUAGAAUAAAAACAAUAUACCUACGUACAUUUUCGUCAAACAUCUAUUUUAAAGCUAAGUUAUAAUUACAGUAAAUAACCGCACACAGAUCACAGAGAGUAAUGAUGUAUUUACGUCAGUUUAUCGACGAAUCUUAUCCCAAACUAGAACGUAUACUUCAAAAUACGUACCACCAUUUGUUAAAAAAUCGGUUUAUAUAAUUAAACAUUAUUUUGCGUUCACUCAUAAACUUCGUCCAUAGAACACAAUAAUUGUUUAAUUAAUAUAAAAGUUAAGUAUGCAAUGUUAUUCACGAUAAUAAUAAUACUAAAUAAUAAUAAUUAAUAAUCACCGGUUAACACACACUGUCAUAAAAUUUUGCUAAAGUACCUACUCAAUUUACCGCGUUCAAAUAAUUUUGCUCAAUUUUGGACGUAAUCCAUAUCACAUGAUAAAUGCUUCCAUUUUGCUAGAAUUUUAGAUAUUAAAACGAAGAAUUGUUCGGCAUUUAAAUUAUAUUAAAAUACUUAGGCAUUGUAAACGGUUACUUAAGAAUUUAAUAAAAAAAAAAUAAUAAAGAAAUAGUGCUUAUUGGAAGAAAAAAUUAAUAUUGAUAUAAUAGUUUAGCAAACACUGUUCAUUGACACGCAUAAUAUUUUUCAACAAUGUAAACAAUACUAGUAAAUAGCAAAUAUUUGUUUGCAGAGAUUGGAUUAUUAUUGUAAAUAAAAUAAUUAGUGUCGUAUGCGCCAAAUUUCUAGUCUACUCUGACAUUGCAAGACUAAAAACUGCUAUUAUAAGCCCGUUGGGACAAUUUGUUAACUGCACAGCCAUUCGGAUUGUGUUUGGCAGUUUCGGAGUUUGGCGCAUUCUACCUAUAGAUACCUACUGUUUGUAAGACGUGGAAAAAAUCGUGAUAAUAGACCCUAAUGUCGUAUUGUUUAACUAGCAGAUGUAAUAAAACAUUAGGAAACAGUUGCGACGUGCCAUGCUCCGUGAAUCUCAAAUAUUUUCAAACGUCAUAGUGAUGUGAAAAUGCUUUUAAAUUUUUUAAUUCCAUUCGGAUUUCUUAGCCCCAUUUGUUUAUUACAAAGAAAACUGAGUCUUGUACUGAGUGAGGUAACAGAAGGUAGCGAGUACAGAGGAGACGGCAGAUGCUUCUAAUGAUUUCAAACUUAUUUUGUAUUUGUUUGAAAUACUUAAUCAUAAUCAUGAUCCCGUUGCAUCGACUGUAGUCCUCGUUUUAUUGUGUUAUGUGAUAAAACAAUGUUAUAUGAUUACCAAAACGAAAAUACUAUGAAAAACUAUGUCGGUCCUUAUGUCUCAAUACAUAAUUGACAAGAAGAGCGGCCUCGGGGGUUCGACGUAUGCUGUGCCCGUCUAAAUAUAUAAUUAUGAUUUAUAACACACCAUUCAUUCUUUGAUGCUCGCAUAUCAUCCCCCUCUGUCUUCGUACCUCUACGAUCCACGAGCAAGGCUUUUCUAAAGCGGAGCUACAUUAUAUUCAUAUGCUCGAUACAAACAUUGCUCUUUUGGAACGUCAGAAUUCUAAGCAAAACUUGUACAUGAACAUCGUGAAGUAACUUGCAUAUCUUGAAUGAAAUUCUGUGAUAUUUGUAACUCGCCAAUGCACACUUGAUUGGUGUGGCGGGUCCGUGCUUCGUCCCUUCAGUGUGAGACGAGGCGUUUGUCCUACUGCGGGACAACAAUAGGCUGUUACAUUUAUAGUUCAUCUUAUCAUACAUAUCGUUAAACUUUGCCAUACGUUGUUACACCCGAGAUAUAAUCAGACUUCUACAAUACUAGGCCAGAUAAAAUUUAUAGCUUGGCAAAUUCGUUCGUAAUACUUCCGAUGGUCCAUGGAGGCCGGGAGGGUGGUAGCGAUGCCCUGCGCGCACCACACCCGCGCAGUGAUUUCCCUCCCGCGCCCGCAUAUCAUGGGAGUGUCAUCAACAAACUUGCCAAGCUAUAGUUUUCGUCGGAAAUUUUAUUCUUUUCUGGAAUUAGCGUAUUUUUUUUUCUUUAUUUUUUUAUGAAUAUAUGGAUGGUUUAUAUACCUAUGGAUUUUUAAAUUAUAUUUCAACUGCCGGUCUACUAGUAUACAGAAGUCUGUCUGUAAUGAUGAUAAUAGUACAAAAUCUACGAAACCGACUGUUAUUGUGGUUACCAGCUUCAUAUCAUUUUAGCAAGUGAUUGUUAUCUUAUCUUUAAGCGAACGAUUUAAAUGUUUUGUAAGUUUGUUCCUUGUGAUUGUAAAGUUUGUUGUCGUUUUUCUCUAUCCACUUUAUUAUCUUUUGAUCUACUUAAAAAGAAUUAGCGCUGUUUUUACCUCCUGAUAAAGUGUCAGUUAGCUUAUUCACGUGUUUUGUCUUACUUAUAGUAAGAAAGUGACAAAACUUACGGUUUUGACUAACCGACAUUUAUCAAAAGGUAUUGAAACAGCCCCUUAAAUUAUGGAAAUAUUACAGUCAACUUCCCAUCGCAUGUAUAAAUUACAUUCGAGCGCCGCCACAUGUAUGUACCUACCUACUUCUGGUGAAAUGUUUUUAUUUUUAACCGACUUCAAAAAUCAAGUGAUUUGUCGCCACUUUUAAUUUUCACUUAUUUUUUUAAGUUUCGAGAAUGUGAUUUAUGAAGUCGGUUGAAUUGUCUUGAUUUGACUUGGUUGAUAUUUCCGUUUUGCUAGUAUUAUAUUCCCAGUUUUCUAUGUGUAAUGACUUUUUUUUUAAAGAUAAUAAGUGGCUAGGGUUGGGGUUCCUAGACAACCUAUCCAUGUCCAAGGUCCAUGGACGCAAGGUGAUUGCGCUAUAUGGUGGGAAGUUGGAUAACUGUUUGUAUCUACUUUAAGCACCGCUUAAUUUAACAGUGAUUUACAAAUGUGUAAACAAAUAGAAUUUCAUAACAAAAUUAUCUACCAAUGUUAACAAUAUAAUGUUUAUGACUAAAAUCUCAAAGAUAUUUGUUUGCAAUUAUAAAACUCGAAAGCACGGAGUUAAAAAUUUUUCUUGUCACAAAAUGUUCACAAAUCACUGCCUUUAGAAUAACGCGCAUUUAAUAUCACUUAGAGAGCAAUUUAAAUAUUUACGAAUAUCUACUGUAACAUCAGCCAUUGGUACAAAAGUAAUUUGUGAUCAAAUAAAAGGUUAUUUUGUGUGAAACAUAACAAAAUAUCACUGUCCCCCUCGAAAUCUGAAAAUCUAUUUUGACAUCAAAAGUACUAUUUUUUGUAUAGACAAAUCGAUGGAAUUGACACCUAAAUUAGUUAUAUUAUUGGUUAAAUAAAUAAUUGAGGCGAAAUUAUAUUUACCUAUUGAAAGCUGUGAAAAUGUACUUAAAUUAUAAUCACAGAGUAUCUCAGUGUAAUGUCGAUGAUGUCACUUUAUGCAAAAUAAAAAUAUUUAAAUCUUGAA